UACUGUGGUGUGAAAGCGUGCUUACAUUCGGUGCUCCAUUCAGACCAAGCUCGACGCCGGCGAGUAUGCAAAUGUCGGUGCUGUCAAACGAGACUUGUUUCUCAUGUGCGACAAUGCUGUCAAAUACAACAAGUCAAAGAGCCAAGUUCAUAGCGACGCAUUGCGACUGCGAAAGGUGACGGAGAAUUACGAGGGUCCAACCGAUGCCGCCACGGGAGGAGGAGCAGUUACGGCGGCACAGCCCGAACAGCCCCAACAGCCUCAGCAGACUCUGAAGCCGACUUCGAAGCCAGCCGCGAAGCCGCUUGUGAAGCCGACCGCGACUCCGGCUCGUACCAUUGCUACAAAGGCUUCGAAGCAAGUAAUGAGCAAGCUGGUGGAAGACAUGAUGAAUUUGAAGGGCGCAGAUGGUCGAGUCGUCUCAAUGUACUUCAAGAACCUACCAAGUAAGAAAACUUACGGUGACUACUUCCGUCUCAUCAAGCGGCCGAUCUCGCUCGGCCAGAUCCAGAAGCGAGUCAAAGAUGGCAAAUACCCACAGUGGGCCGAGUUUGAAGAGGAUGUCUUCCUCAUCAAGAAGAAUGCUCUACAAUACAACCCUGUGGGGAGUGAUGUUGUUAAGGACGCGCGCGAACUGGAGGAAUAUUUUGUGGAGCGGCUGGCUGAGGAGAAGGCCAAUUUCACUGAACCAUCACCGCCACCACCACCACCGCCAACCCCUCCUCCCCCUCCUCCUUCUGGCAUUAAAUUACGAUUGAGCCUACCGAAGGGACAGCAAGUGAACCCACCAGCCGAGCAGUCUCCACUUCCGAAAAUCAAACUCAAUGUCGGCAAGCAGCAACCUCCGCCUCCGCCUACCCCGGUGGCCGAACCUGCUCCGGUGGCCGCUCCGCCUGCACAGGUGGUCACUCCGCCUGCUCCGAAGAUUGCGCCAUCUGUACCGAAGCCUGCGCCGCCUGCACCGAAGCCUACACCGAUUCCAGAACCUAUCAAACAGCCUGUCGCCAAUGGUGAUUCCGUUGUCCCUCGACCGCCGCCACAGAACAUUCCCGUUGUGCAGAAGCCAGUGCCAGUUCCACAGAGAGUCGAGGCCUCAAUUCCUCAGCCGGCUCCUCCGAGUUCGCCCCCGCGCAUUGUGCACAACCACCAGCCACCUCCCCCUCCUCCUCGUGCGUCCCUGCCUGCUUCAGUCGUGCAUGCGCUUCCGGUGCCUGCCCCGCCGCCACGAGCUCGCAUGAACUCGAUCAGAAGCAAUGGUUCGGGUAGCCCCCCGCCUGGCUCGGUCAUGGGCCGUAGGUCAGCGACACCACACUCCCAGUCAGCGAUGUCUCCCCCGGCCCACAUGCCUCCUCCUCCCAUGCAGCGCAUGAACUCGACUCCUAGGCCGUCAAGCUAUUCACCCGCACCCCAUGGCCCUGUAAUGAGAUCUGCGUCGGUUGCUGGACCGACUUCGGCGCCCCAAAUUGCACCCCAGAUUGCGAUCCCCUAUCAGCACAAGGAGCCAACUGUCCGAUCCGAAGGGAAAGACAAAUCAGAUGCGUUGAUAUCCAAGCUCCACAUCGCAGCGAUGUCGUCGAUGAACAUUGCCGUGGAGCCAUACUCCAUUGACCUCGAACCAGAUGACCGCAAGGUCACUGCGCAGUACUACAUCCAUCUGUCCGCCGACCUAGACACGGUGACGAUCGUACCCACGCUGGCCGCGACCUUGACCAGCCGCGAGCAGUACAUUGUCCGCGUUGCUCACUGGUCCAACAACAUGCAGAUGACCAAGCUCCUGCAGCAGGUCAACCAGCAGGCCAAGAACGAGCCCGUGUACAACAUCCGCCUCAGCCCUGGCGUCGUCAACACCAUCGAGGUCACGGCCGUCACGCAGGCGCCUCAAAAGAAUGGCACCAACGGUGUCUUUUCGGGCGGUGUCGACCUUUGGGAGAUGGAGAGGUUUCGCGUGUUCAUCUCGCCGGUUUAGUUCUUUUCUCCGAGUUGCAGGCAUAUAAUCGAGUGGCUUGUUCCUGAUCCGUAGCGAUUCAGUCUUACCUUUUUUUCUUCU